GACCGCCGCGCGCCGCGCCGUCGCACAGUGGGCUCGGGGCCGCGCGCAACAGGCCGUGCCGGGUUUGCAUUUCCUUACUGCUUUAUCUUGAAGACAGAACAAUGCCAAAGAAAGCAAAGGCUGCCGGGAGUAGGAAGGAAGAGGGGCCAGUUCCCUGUAAGCAGAUGAAAGUAGAAGCAGCUGGGGCGCCUUCAGCUUUAAACUUCGACAGUCCCAGUAGUCUGUUUGAAAGUUUAAUCUCACCCAUCAAGACAGAGACUUUUUUCAAGGAAUUCUGGGAGCAGAAGCCCCUUCUCAUUCAGAGAGAUGACCCUGCACUGGCCGCAUACUACGGGUCCCUGUUCAAGCUAACAGAUCUGAAGAGUCUGUGCAGCCGAGGGAUGUACUAUGGAAGAGACGUGAAUGUCUGCCGGUGUGUCAGUGGGAAGAAGAAGGUUUUAAAUAAAGAUGGCAAAGCACACUUUCUUCAGCUGAGAAAAGAUUUUGAUCAGAAAAGGGCAACGAUUCAGUUUCACCAACCUCAGAGAUUUAAGGAUGAGCUUUGGAGGAUCCAGGAGAAGCUGGAGUGUUACUUUGGCUCCUUGGUUGGCUCGAAUGUGUACAUAACUCCUGCAGGAUCGCAGGGCCUCCCACCGCAUUAUGACGAUGUUGAGGUUUUCAUCCUGCAGCUGGAGGGAGAGAAACACUGGCGCCUCUACCACCCCACCGUCCCCCUGGCACGAGAGUACAGCGUGGAGGCCGAGGAAAGGAUCGGCAGGCCGACGCAUGAGUUUACACUGAAGCCAGGUGAUCUGUUGUACUUCCCCAGAGGAACCAUUCAUCAGGCGGACACUCCUGCGGGGCUGGCCCACUCGACGCACGUGACCAUCAGCACCUACCAGAACAAUUCAUGGGGAGACUUCCUUUUGGAUACCAUCCCAGGGCUUGUAUUCGAUACCGCAAAGGAAGGCGUGGAGUUACGGGCUGGCAUACCCCGGCAGCUGCUCCUGCAGGUGGAAUCCACAGCUGUUGCAACAAGACAAUUAAGUGGCUUCCUGAGGAUGCUUGCAGACCGGCUGGAGGGCACCAAAGCACUGCUUUCCUCAGACAUGAAGAAGGAUUUUACUAUGCACAGGCUGCCCCCGUACUCUGCGGGAGAUGGAGCUGAGCUGUCAACACCAGGUGGAAAGUUACCGAGGCUGGACAGUGUCGUGAGACUGCAGUUUAAAGACCACAUUGUCCUCACAGUAUUCCCAGAUCAGGAUCAAUCUGAACCCACCUGCAUUCGGUUUACUGCCUUUUCUUCGGGUCAGCUGAUGACCAGAUCGCACAGUUGCAGUUCCGUAUUUUCCUGCCGUCAUCCCCACAGAAUCUUCCUUCAUUCCCUUUAUGUGGAUGAAGCUCAAGAAAAGAUGGUUUACAUCUAUCAUUCCUUAAAGAAUAGGAGAGAGACACACAUGAUGGGAUACGAGGAGGGAUCAGAGUCUCAUGGACUUCGCUUUCCUUUGUCACAUUUGGAUGCACUGAAGCAGAUUUGGAACAGUUCGGCUAUUUCUGUCAAGGACCUGAAACUUACUACAGAUGAGGAAAAGGAAAACCUGGUCUUAUCCCUCUGGACGGAAUGUUUAAUCCACGUAGUUUAGUGCCUUUGCAGAAUCAAAUGCCUACUAUUUUAUAUGCACAUAUUAAAAGCAAAGACCUGAGCCGAGGAGAAGAGGAAUUCCAGUUUCUCUACCUGCUUUUCUACUAACGUAAAGCCUCCCUGUUCCAGGUGGUCCGUUGGCCCGAUGUACUAACAAACAGGGGCACAGAAAGAAAGAGCAGCAAAUUGCCAAGUGUCUCAGAAAAAUGACAAAACUAGAUUUUGACAAGUUUAUUUAGUCCAGUGUGGUAGAAAAGGCACAAUUCCAAUAUAUCAUUUAGAACUGAAUGUUGUUAACCUGGCUUCGUUCUUUGGAAGAAACAACUUUAAAGAGCUUUGGCUCUAGAAAAAAUUUAAACAAUUAACACAACGAAGAAAAAGUUUAAAUUUUUUUUUUUUUUUUUACAAUGAAAAUAUACAUACCUUUGUGUAUAGACAAGCCCCCACCCAUUAAAGUUAUCCUGUAACAUAAAUUUUAUUAAAUACUGCCCCACAGAUGAGAGGCACUCAACACCUAUGGACAAAAGUGAGUUACAGAGGCUGCUUACAAGAUGGAGAAAAGCCUGAGAUUGAACGAGGAAAAAACUCGAUAUUUACAUGGAAAGACUAAGUCUAUAAAAAAUAAAAUAGUGGGUCUUUGAGUUUAAAAUAGUCACUGUUAUUUUACAUUCUAAAGUGCAUAGAGGUUGAUAUUUUAAAAAAUAUCUUUGGAGAAUUUAAUCUUUUUUUUUAUAAAAAUAGAGCAUUUUUCUGCUUUCUGGUGAAAGUUGGGAUAAAAGGCAAAGUUGUCCUAAUGGAAGUUUCACUCCAAUUCAGCAGGGAAAACUGCUUGUGAAUUGUGCAGUAAAAGGUAGUAAUGACUACUGGGUGAUUUCCUACCUGAUUUUACUAGCGUAAAAGUUAUUUAAAAUGGUAGUGAGAAACUGAGGUCUCUAUUAUUUAGUAGAUAAAUCAACUCGACAUUUACUUGAAAAGAUGGUAAGGUCAAGGUUCAAAUGCUACUUUGUUUUAAUUUGGACAUUUGAAAUUUCUCGAGGCCCCCCCCAAAAAAUGAUGCUUCUCCUCAACUCUAGCAUAGAGACAGGCCACCACGGUUGUAGAGUCUCGUCACCUAAAGGGAUGUCUUGGUUCAUACAUAAGAGUGCAAGUUCGGCCUUAGGUUAUUUGUACUUUUUUUUAGUUUGAAGGACUGAGGAAAUAACGGCUGCAGAAAAUACUUUACUACUUGUGCCUUAUUCCUAAAGAAGCUGAGAUCCCUGCCUGGGGUUAGUUACAAAUAUAAAUACUUACACUUACAGUGCGCUAGUUAUAAAGCCGCAGUAUAGAAACCUUAAAGUUUAUGUAGGAAGGCUUAAUACGUUUUCAGAUGUUACUAAAAAAAUUACUCAUCUGUUUGCCAAAGUAUGACUCGACCUAUAGGAAUCUGUUUCCUUAUGCUUUGUACUUAUACAGGCAUCUAGGUAGGCUAUUAAUAAACAAUACAGGAUAACAGCAUCAGCAGGGUCCAAUCACGGGCCAUCAGUUUGGUGGACAGGAGAGAAAAUACACACUUCAGGAAACUUGCUCACCACAGCUAGAGAUCACGAAUAGAACCUUUCCCACGCAUCAGCAUGUUUUCUUCAUAGGAACACUGAGUAAUGGCAAGAAUGUUUUGAGUUUUUUCCAUGGUUAAGAGCAAUAGUCUCAGAGGUUGGAGAAAAAGUUCAUUCUGCUCAGUGAUCCAGGCGUGUGAAGACAGUAGCUUCCUUUCCACGUCCGCAAGACAAUGACAGAUGGGAGUUUCCUCCUCCUUUGCUCUUUCUAGGGAUGUUGAUUCUCUCACAGUAUUUCAAUGUCCCAUUUCUGUGUUUCUUCUCCCUCCAGGGGCUGAUUUACAAUUACGUGAGUCUUGUCACAAUAGUUUCCUCCUAAAACAGAAAUUCCAAAAGGAAAGAUUUAUUUGUUCAGGCCAGUGCUUAGCAAUUUCACAAUUUUCACAAGCUUCUGUUCUGCUCUCACCGUUUCAGUGCAUUAAUGUGCCAUUUACAAAGAAGUCUGAAAUGGGAAGCUGAGUUUCAACAGGCUUAGCCAUUAUUCGCCUCAAAUUGGACCUUAUUAUGACUCAAACUGAAAUACUAAAAGGCAUAAUACAUGAUUGUAUAAGUGCUGUGCCUUAACAAUGCAAUUCUUCAGAACAAAGUGCUCUGAGAGAACUCUGGCUGAAUGUCAGGUACUGUGUUUUUGUUUCUACACCACCAAAACUGUGACUAACCCAAUUAAAGCAACAGCCAUGAAUAAUAUUGGCCCUGACCUUGCUGAAUUCAAAAACAAGGUUAAUUGAUACCUGCCAUAAAGUCUAGCUGAGGGUUUUUAAGGACCAUAGCAAUUCCUGGCAAAAAACGAGGUAUGUUUCUAAGAAACAGAUGACAUUCAUUUUAUGGUUUACGGUGCUUCAAAUUUAGAACUCUUCUGAGUUCCUGUAGCAAAUGAAAGUUUUACAACUGUACUAAUGAACAAAAACCCUAGGCUUUGUUGUUUGGGUUUUUCUGCUGGUGGUUUUGUUUGUAAAACUGUGUAUCUUAACUUUUUUCAAGCAUAAUUUUAAAUGACUUAACAUUUCUCUUAUAAGGAUGUCCUUUACCCAGAAUGAGGAGAUCUGGAACUGAAACUAAUAUCCAGGGACACAAAAUUGGGUAUCAUCAAAGGCCCACCUUUAACAUCGAGGACAAGGUGAUCACUGAGAUAAGAGCUGAUAGUUCCAUUUCUAUUCAGUCUCCACUUCUGCCGGAACUGCCCAUGUUCAGUCCAUAGAGCUACUUUAGCUCCAGGUGUGUCUCGGCCACCAAUCACAUCAAGACAUGUAUCACUGGCCUAAAGGGGUUAAGACAUGAUUAACUGGCAGUACUAUGUUUGCUAAAGUUGAAUUACAUCCCUUUUCUUUUUAGGUAAACAAAUCAUAGACAUGAAGUGUGUGUGUCUUAUCUAAAAAAAAAAAUACUAAAUAGUAUAAUUUCAGUAAGUCCUUUUGAAUGUCUUCUUUAUGGCUGUGGGGAGGAGAUGGUACAGAAAUAAACCUACUGAAAUAGAGGUACUUGUUUUUAAUAGGAUGUCUACAUCUGACAACAGAUGUUGCAUAAAGAUUUGCUGAAUUGGAAUGAAAUGUGAAGUCCCUGUUUGCUUACAAUGUA